CCCUAAAUUUAAUCAUAUCAGCUGAUGUGUUGAUGCAGUACUGGUUAGCAUCAGCACAUUUUUCAAAAUUAAAAUUUUAAUUAUUAUUGUUGUUACCAAAAAAUUGGAUAAACUAUUUUAAAUGUUGUGAUAGUAUUGUAAUAUUUUAUUUUGAGAAUAAUAACGAAAAUUAUUUUAAAACAUGAUCGUGCGAUUGUUAUCAAUAUUUCUAUUAAUUGCUAGAUAAUUGUUAUAUCAAUUGAGUUUAUCAAAACAACAAAAUGACUUCCUUAGUGGCAGAUUACGGUAGCAGUGGUACAUCAUCGGGAUCAGAGAGUAACGAUGCUGAUAAUGUGUUAUGAUGAAAAUACUGAUGAUGAAGUAGUAACUCAUGUUGGAGAUCAACAAAACAAUGACAAGAGAAAUCAGCUAAAAAAACUUGAAAAUGAGAGAAAAAUAAAAAACGAAGAAACCGAUGAUGAUGAUGAUGAUGAUGGUGAUGAUGAUAGCGAGAACAGUGAAAGAGAUGAUGAUAAUGAUGUUGAAGAACAAAGAAAAAAAGAAGACAACGAUUUAGUAAUGAAGAAACAUAAGAAUUUCAUAGAAAAUCAUAAACUUCCAUUACCUACUCCAAAUUUUAAUAGCACAUCAAAUUUAUUAAAGACUUCCGUAUUUUCAAAUCCAUUUGUUGAAGCUGAGAAAGCCAAAAGCGCAAUAUUAGAAAAACAUGUAAAAAUGACGCCAACUCUUGACGACACGAAGAUGAUCAAUGGCCGGAAAAUUUGUUGGAAUUAUCGAAAAGGACGUUGUCGCUUUGGACAUAACUGUACAUUUGCACAUGACUCAGAUAUUCAUAAAAAUUUAUCAACAGGCAUUGAAACCGGUCAAAACCUGAAUCGACAUGGCCAUCGUCGUCAUCGAAAUAAUUGUCCAACUUCAACUCAGGAAAUUGUAAUUUGUCAAACGAAUUUCAAUCACUAUAAUCCAAUGCAACCAGCAAUAACUAAUGAUAACGAAAUUGAUAAUUAUGAUAAUAGUAGUAAUGAAGUGGAUGAUGGUAAUGUCGAUGAUGAAAAUUAUGAAGAGAUGAAUGAUCAAGAAAAUAAUGAUAUGCAAAAAAGAAAGAAGAAAAAACGACCAGGUCUUAGCCAAACACUGAUUCCCGGAAAAAAAAUUUUUAAAAUUUAUAAAGCCCAGUCAGAUAUCAGUAGAUAAAUUAACAAUUAUUAUUUCCAUAAAAGUUUUCCAUUAAAUAUUCGUUUAUAAAAUAUAAAUAAUAUAUUUUUAAACUCAUUUUAUUAUAUGUCUAUAUAACUGUUUAUUAAAUAUUUAUAAAUCAUAAACAUUUUAUUUAUAUUUCAAUAUUCGAGUCAAUCUUAAUCAAUUUUACAUGAAAUUUCUAUAACUUCCAGUGUUUAUCACAGAUUUAUCUCAUAAGAUAAUUGAAAGUAAUAUACAAUUAAAAAAAUUGUAAUUUACAUCCGUCUUUGAAAAGAACCACAUAAAUAAAUAUAUGCAAAAACAUUAGUUAAACAAACAAUUCACUACUCAAAAUAAUUGACUAAUCAACUUAGAUAACGACUGUCAUAUAUAAUCAUAAAUAUUCUUGGAGUAAAAAAAAUUUUCAAAAUUGUUUAUAUUUUAAUUCAGGUAUAUUUUAUUGAAAAAAAAAAUAGAAU